AUGGUCGCCCCUCGCAAAGCUGCACUCCUCGAGGAGAGCGCGGAAGUCGAAGUGCUCUUCGCCAAUAUGGAAAAGAUGAAGACACUCACAAAGAAGAUCCAAGGCUCUGUCAAUAGACUAGACGCGAGCGGAAAGGCAGUUCAGGAAGCAAUCGGCCCAAUCUACGGCAACACCCAGAAGCUGCAGAUAGCUAACACGAAUGUCGAUCGUAUAAUAGACGCAAUUGAACGACUCCGAGCUCCACGAGAAGAGAGUGCAAAGGAGGAGAGGAUCAUUCGCGCCGGACCUGGACGGGGAGAUCUUGAUGGUUAUAUUGCUUCCCUCGACCGCACGAACAUGAGCCUUGCAGACCUCAAGCGUACCAAUCUUCGCUCCAACGAACAGGCUGUCGCAGAACUCAGCGGGCUCUUGAAGAUGGGUAACAAGCAGUUGGAGGAUGUGUUCCGCAGCAUAUUGCAAGAUAGCGCUCGAGAGAAGGUCCAGGCAUUGGAAUUUGUUGCGAAGCAAAAUCCGUUCCCUCGCAUACCCCAAGAUAAGCUUCAGAGCCUACGCAGCAUCAAUUCGCAUAUCUCCAAAUCAUUCGCCCAAUUAUCGCAGAUCGAUCUCUCACAAACUCCCACACGCCGAAUAUACGCAGACGUCCGGGGUGAAUACCUAGAAAGCACAUUGAGGAGUCUCAUGCAGGCGACCAUAAGCACAGCCCGCAAAGUGCAGGCAGAUGCUCUGUACAAGAAGGGUACUAAUGGUAUCGGGACAUACGUGCAGGCGAUAGAGGGUCUAUUUGUGGCAGAGUUUGAUAACUUGAACUACGUCUUUGACAGGGAGGAAUGGAGCGACGUUUAUGAGUCAACGUGCCAGGUCCCGCUGCAGGACUUUACGAAAACGCUGCGCGAAUUGAACGGGCAUAUUCAGAAGAACCUGUUGACAGACUGCUUUCUCGGAUUUGAGAUCUGCGGCAUGGUCCGAACGCUGUCGAUGCGACUCCAAAAGCAGACGGGAGCACUGAAGGACCAGAUCUAUGACAGCGUGAAGCCGGUUCGUGAGACAUCAAAAAUGUCAUUGAGCAAGAUGUUGGAAGACACGAGGUCGAAAACACAGGCUCUCAUCGCCGUUCCUAUCGAUGGUGGUCCUGUCGACAUUACAACGCAAACGAUGCGACGCCUGCAAGAGAUGACCAACUACCUCGAACCUCUCGCAUCGAUAUUGGCAUCGUUGGGAGAGGGUGGCUGGAACUCGGGGACAGCUAAUAAUUCCUCCACAGCUCUGGACGUUGGACCGGACGGCGUAAAAUUGUUCGGGUCCUAUGCAGCCGAUACUGUUGACACACUACUGCAGAAUUUGAUUGGAAAAGCAAAGAUGUUGUUGAAGGGCAAGAAUUUACAGGGCAUCUUCAUGGCAAAUAACGUUGCCAUCAUCACGCGCAUCAUUCGCUCUUCGGAACUCGCACCACUCAUGGACGACUACUCCAAGAAGCUUGCCGACUGGCGUAAGCAAGGCACAGCCAUGUACCUUGAAGCGUGGCGUGAGCCAUCAGGGUAUCUACUGGAUGUUCAGUACACAAACCGUAGCAAGGAGCGACCAACAUCAGGCGGUGCAGAUUCGGCAGCUAUCGUGAAGUCUCUUAGCUCGAAAGACAAGGAUGCGAUUAAAGAAAAGUUCAAGAACUUCAACACAAGCUUCGACGACCUUGUCACACGGCACAAGUCGUACGCAAUGGAACCCGAAGUGCGGAACCAGCUUUCCAAGGAGGUACAGAACAUCAUCGAGCCACUGUACAACAGGUUCUACGACCGCUACCGGGAGAUCGAUAAGGGAAAGGGCAAGUACGUCAAGUAUGACAAGACUGAGUUGAACAGGGCAUUGGCGAGCUUUGCAUAG